AUGCAUCAGGAUAAAGCAGGACCAAAGGUGCUGGUUUGUGUCACAUUUGCAGCACCCAAGAAGGCAAAGAGAAGGGCAGCAGAAGGAAGCUCCAAUGUCUUCUCCAUGUUUGACCAAACCCAAAUCCAGGAAUUUAAAGAGGCCUUCACUGUUAUUGACCAGAACAGAGAUGGUAUCAUUGACAAGGAGGACCUGCGAGAUACAUUUGCUGCUAUGGGUCGCCUGAAUGUGAAGAAUGAGGAGUUAGAUGCCAUGAUCAAGGAAGCCAGUGGCCCCAUCAAUUUCACUGUCUUUCUUCAAAUGUUUGGGGAGAAGCUGAAGGGUGCUGAUCCCGAGGACGUCAUCAUUGGUGCCUUCAAAGUUUUGGACCCCGAGGGCAAGGGGAGUGUCAAGAAGAAAUUCUUGGAAGAACUCUUGACUACCCAGUGUGACCGGUUCACUCCAGAAGAGAUCAAGAACAUGUGGCACGCUUUCCCUCCAGAUGUAGCUGGCAAUGUUGACUACAAGAACAUCUGCUAUGUCAUCACACACGGAGAGGACAAGGAAGGGGAAUAAAACCUGAUUUUUUUUUCACCCUUGCUUUGUGGGGAAAUCCACCUAGACACUCCCAGGCUGGGGAAUUUAAUUUAUGCUGGUCCCUGAUGAUCCACACUUUUGUAACCAAACAACAAACAUCUCAAUCUGUUAUUUAUUAUCUUAUGGGGAGAAAAAUUAUGCCCCCCAAAGCCAACCCUAUUCAUUACAACUAGAUUUAACCUAACUGGGACUUCACACCAUCAAAUGUCUUAAUAAAAAUGAGGACAGCUCUGUUUCUAAUGCCCUUGUUUUCACAGUCUGCUUGUCUGCUCAGGCCACAAAAAGUUAGCACAGAUUUGAAUGGUGCCCCUAUUCCUAUUUUUAAAACUAAUUUAGCUUCAGGUUCUGAAUGUGAUUGUUUUUCUUCCUUUUAGCACUGCGAUCAUUAAUUAACUCAGGGGUUGUUUUUUUUAGUGUGGCCAAUACAAUUGCUAGAAAAUAGUUUUGAGACAUCCUUAGUACAAUUUUAAAAGAUCAUUCCUUCUUCUAUAAAAGAAAAUGAGACAAGAUCACCUCUUACGUUGCUAGUAUUAGAGACUCAUCUAAAAGGAAAGAAUGUCUGCUUCUGGGUUCAGAAUAAGUUGUUUUUAAUCUAUAAUUCAAUUUAAAGAAUUAUUUGAUUAAAAUAGGCUAAUUAAUCAUGUAAAAUUUUUAAACUCUGAUAGCAGGCCUAAUAUUGCUUCACUUACACAUUUAUCUUAUAUCUAUCCCAUAUAUGGAAAAUUGUGUGAUUGCCUCUCCAUUCUCGUUCUUCCCUUUCAAUCAGCCAUUAGUGGCAGGUGGAGUGGAGUGGGAUGGGCAAAGAGAGAAAACACAGUCAUUUUAUACAAUACAGGGCAUUUGAAUUAACUGAGGAUCAUAUUUUAUAAGGGGUCCGAUACAGGAUAACUCUAGCUAGGGUGGCUGGAUCUGUGCUGCAAAAAUCAGCCAAACAUGGCAGAAAAAAAUUAGGAUGAUCAGAAGUGGCACCUGGAUUUUUGGCAGCUCUGCUGAAACAUUAUGUAUUAUUCUUAUCAAGAGGAAUUAAAUUAGAAAAGGCAAGUGAUAAGUUUUCCCUCCAUGCUUAUAAUGCUCAUAAAGUGACAAAAUGAGGAUUUUGAAUAUAAGUACCAAAGCAAAAAGAUUGAUGGAUCUUGGCUUCGCAAAGGUUGCCACAAUUUUAAGGAAGAGAAAGCCACUGCGGGGAUUCUUCAGAGAAUUAGAUUCGAGUCUUUCUAAAAUUUCGGGCUCAUUCAUUGUGUCUGGAAGAAAAUUCCAGGAAGCCUUCAGCUACGCCUGGUUGUGAUUUGCCCCGGAAAGUGUGUAAUACUGCUGAGGAAUGCAAUAGACUAGGAGGUGAGAUGUGAUGAAGAUAGAAAGUACCAAUAGAAAUAGAAAUUUGGGUGAGUAAGUGCGAGGUUGGCCAACUCAGAGAUUGGACAUAGUACAGAUGCAUAACAACUCUGGGAAAAUAAUGGAGUGGAAGACGAGACCAAUGCUGACGUUGCUGGCCACAAUAACUUUGACAAAUGACAAUGGAACAACUAAUUCUUUUUUUUUUUAAGAUUUAUUUGGCCAGCUUAGUGAAAUUGAUUACAGCAGACAUGCAAGGCACAGAUUAGAGAAAGUAGGAAGGAAAUUACAUACAUUUUAUUGCUGUUAAAAAUCACAUAUGUUGAAGAAGUUACAAAACCCAGCUGCCCCCCUUUCAGCCCUGAUGCUGUUUCUGUUCCAAUCAUCCUGUGAAAGAAAAUAAUCUUUUAAAAAAUGCCUAGGGAGGUUUUACCAGGCAAACCCUG